AUGGAGACAAGGGAGGACAAAUCCCCACGGCAGAACCUGGAGGAAGAGGCCAUUUUGAGCAGCUCCAUGACACAGGAAUUCAAUAGGGAGGAUAAUUCCCGGAGAUUCCACAGGAAGAGGGGCUCCAAACCCAGGCCAGGGUGCGCUGAGGAGGAAAGAGCCACUCUGAGUCAGGAAGGUGGAGAAAGCUUCAGCCAGAGCACAGAGCUGGUGGUUCGUGAGCAGCUUCAUGAUGGGGAGAAGCCCCACAAGUGCUUGGAGUGUGGGAAGAGCUUCAGGCAGAGCAGCACCCUGAUCUGCCACCAGAUGAUCCACACCGGGGAAUGGGCCUACGAGUGUGGGGAAUGCACCAGCUCAUUCACACUGGGGGAGAGGCCUUUCUGCUGCCCUGAGUGUGGGAAGGGCUUCAAGCGCAAGUCCCACCUCAUCAUCCACCAGCGCAUCCACACUGCGGAGAGGCCCUACGAGUGCCCCACCUGUGGGAAGAGGUUUCAGACCAGCUCAAAUCUCCGUCUGCAUGAGCGGAUUCACACACAGGGGAGGCCCUUCCGCUGCCCUGACUGUGGGAAGGGAUUCAAGCAUAAGUUCACCCUCAUCAGGAACCAUCGCAUCCACACAGGGGAGAGGCCUUUUGAGUGUCCCCAGUCUGGGAAGAGUUUCACCCAGCGCUCUGACUUGACCAGUCACGAAUGGAAGCACCGGUAA